AAACGAUAAACAUUUCUCAUUAUUUAUAUUCUCCACCUCUUCGUUUAAUUUUAACAACAAUAUAAAUACGAGCCUUCUCCUUCCUCCACUCUCACCCCCACCACACUCACCUUUAAUCCCCUCCCUCCCACCUUAAUCAUUCUCCAUUCAAUUAUAAUUGUCCUUCCUCUCAUUCCACCUUUCAUCCCUGCUAAUUAUUCAUCUUCGAUCAACAAGGUGGCGCUCAGGGAGGCCCCAAUGAGCAUCUCCGUCAACGGCCAGUCAUGCGUACCUCCGGGCUUCCGCUUCCACCCAACUGAGGAGGAGCUCCUCAGCUACUACCUCAGAAAAAAGGUCGCCUGUGAGAAGAUCGAUCUCGACGUCAUCCGUGACGUCGAUCUCAAUAAACUCGAGCCAUGGGACAUUCAAGAGAAGUGCAGAAUUGGAUCCACGCCACAGAAUGACUGGUACUUCUUCAGCCACAAAGAUAAGAAGUACCCAACCGGCACAAGAACCAACCGCGCCACCGCUGCCGGAUUCUGGAAAGCCACCGGCCGCGACAAAGUCAUCUAUGCCAGCUUCAAACGAAUCGGCAUGAGGAAGACGCUUGUCUUCUACAAGGGCAGAGCGCCUCAUGGCCAGAAAUCUGACUGGAUCAUGCACGAAUACCGCCUCGAAGAACAUUCUGAUAAUUCCAACUCUCUCUCCAACAUUUCGAGCGCUAUAGGAGAUUCUCUAACGCAAGAGGAAGGAUGGGUUGUCUGUAGAGUCUUCAAGAAAAAGAGCCUCAACAAAAUAUUGGAUAGCUCAAAUAACAAUUAUUCAUCUUCAUUCACUACUGAUCCCAAAUCUCCUCUUCUUCAUACAAACAGCGAGAGUGCGCUCGACCAAAUAUUUCAAUACAUGGGGAGAUCCUGCAAACAGGAGAGGGAGGUCAUGAGCACCAUCAACACAAGCAAAAUAAGCAGUAGGUAUCUCCGCCCCAUCGACACCAUUCUCGGAGCCACCGCUAACCUUCACGAACACUUUCUAAAGCUGCCAGCACUGGAGAGCCCAACGACGGUGACGCCGAUCUCGGCAGGUGAUUACCCUUCCCUUCUCGGAACUGAUCAUUCUUGCAAUAGCUACCAUGCAGAGGUCGUCAACAUGCAGCCCUCGCCUUUCCACCACGAUCCCGGCCUCAGCGACUGGGCUGCCCUCGACCGGCUUGUCGCUUCACACCUUAACGGCGAUGACGCUAAUGCCUUCUCCUUUUACCCAUCCGCCACUGGAAGACUUCUCGGAAGCUGCUCCGGCGGCGGAGAAGGAGAGGGAGAUCUUUGGAGCUUCACGCAGUCAGCUGCGUCGUCGGCCUCCGACCACGUCAGCCAUGUAUCACAUGCUUCUAUUUAAUGAAAGCUCUUCCAACGUACCGAACCGAAGGUAUUGGAUAAUUAGAAUUGGGAGACUGAAAGAUUUCUAAAUUGGAACAGUACUACUACUUAAUAUUUUAUUAAACAGUGUGUAUUAAUGAAAGAAGUGGAUGGAUCGACGCGAUCUUUGUCCUUCACUGAUUAUACAUAAAUAAAAAAAUGGUUUUUGAGA